AUGGGAUUUUUGCAUUUGGAAUAUUCGGAAGGAGUGGACGCUGUGUAUGUUUGUAAGAACUGUAACACCCACUUGACUACCCCGUAUGAUAUCGUCUCGAGAACUUUUCACGGCAAAACUGGGAAGGCAUAUCUCUUCUCUAAUGUAAUGAAUGUUUAGACAGGACCCGCUGAAGAUAAGCAUUUAUCAACUGGCUUGCACUAAGUCAGAGAUAUAUACUGCAAACAAUGCUUGCAAGUUGUUGGUUGGACUUAUGACUUAGCCUAUGUUGAAUCUGAAAAGUACAAGGAGGGUAAAUCUGUGAUUGAGAAGUUUUAUAUUAAGAAAAAGUACGUGAACACAUACACGACAACAAAGGACGAGAAAAAUUUAUAGAGUCAGCACAACACCAGCCAAAUGUCUAUUUCAACAGCUGGUAUUUCAGCAAGGUCUACCAUUCUCAGAUCCACAACGUGA